UCGACGAAACUACUUGCUCAGACUACAUUAAGGAAUAUUUUGGGAACAAAAACACUAGCUGAAAUGCUUUCUGACCGUGAAGCUAUUUCUUUGCAGAUGCAGAUUACUCUCGAUGAAGCUACUGAACCAUGGGGAGUAAAGGUUGAACGAGUUGAAGUUAAAGAUGUUCGACUUCCAAUUCAACUUCAACGUGCUAUGGCAGCAGAAGCAGAAGCUGCACGUGAAGCUCGAGCUAAAGUUAUUGUAGCGGAAGGCGAGCAGAAAGCAUCACGUGCGCUGAAGGAAGCUGCUGAAGUGAUCGCUGAAUCGCCAUCUGCUUUGCAACUACGCUAUCUUCAAACCUUAAAUUCAAUAAGUGCUGAGAAAAAUUCAACGAUAAUUUUUCCGUUUCCUAUCGACUUGUUAUCGUCAUUCUUCCAUCAGCCAGCUGCUCCGAAGGUGUAA